CGUGAGCAUGUGUAUGUUUGAGUGAGUUUGAGGAACCAGAGGGAGACGAGAGGCAGAGUAGCAGCCACAGGGAGAAGAGAAGAGGACAGAGACGCAGAAGGAGUAAGAGACAGAGAGAGAUUUCUGUGGGAUCUCUGCUUGGGCCCCCCAUCCCCCCCACACAACCUCCAGGAUGUUUAAGAAAAAGGAGACCAAUGACAGUACGAAGCUCAGCAAGAGCCAGACGAGUAACCUGGCUCUUCUGAUAGCUCAGAUGCAAGAAAAUGCCGACCGGGUGGAGAAAGACAUCCUCCGGGCAGAAGAGCUGCUGGCUGUGGACGCAGAAAAUGACAAGAAGGAGAUGCCGUAUCAGCAUCAGACUGAGAUCUCAGACAAACUGGGCGAGGCCGAGGGUCUGCUGAGGGAUCUGUUCUUGGAUGUUGACAGAGCCAAGAAGCUCAAACACCCGCAAGUCAAAGAGAUAGAGGACGAUGUCAUCCACCUCCAUGAACGCUGGCUGAAGGACUGUGCCUUCUACCGAGACAUCUUUGAACAGAUUGACGACGUGUCACUGAUGCCCAGAAUCGAUUGGGGACCUGUUUUCAGCCAGAAACAAAAACAGCUGAACGUGGAGGAGUUCGGGCCCUCGAUGGAGGAGCUGGAGAAGCAGAUUGCGACUCACAACAUCUUGCACAAACAGAUCGAGGCUUACAACGCACAGCUCAACACCAGCUCUGCCGGCAGCAAGGACAACUACCUGGCCCUAAAGAAAGAAUACAACAGUUUACUGGACAAAUCCAAGUGGCGCCGCCACUACCUGAACAGCCUCCGUGAAUACAUGCACGGCUGCAACAAAGAACUGGGUUUCCUGAAAGAAGAGCAGGAUAAGAUCAAGAAACAGGACUGGAGUGACCGCAUGGUGGAUCCACCUGAUGUCCGAAGGCAAUAUGAGAACUUCAAGAACAACAGUCUCCUGUCCCACGAGACCGAGGUGAACAAACUCCAGGAUGAAGGAGACAGACUCAUUGAGCUGAAGCAUCCUGCCAGUGCCACAAUACAGACUCAAAGAGAUGCCGUGCGAAGUGAGUGGCAGAAAUUCCUGAACCUCUGCAUUUGUCAAGAGACACAUCUGGAUAAUGUGGAGGAAUAUAAAAAGUACCAAAUGGACACAGACCAACUGUCAGAGACACUGACCAAACUCAACAACAGCCUGGACCCCAAGAUCGUCAGCAAGAAGACCACCUCGGAGACACUGUUACAGCUGGAGGGAGAGGAGAAGGCUGUGCAGAACUCUGAACAGCUACUGGCUGACCUGAGGAGACGCAGCACCACCAUUCCCCCUCUGAAACAACGACGCAUCACCCCCAGCAGGCCCGUCACCGUGGAGUCCCUGUGCGACUGGGAGACAGACAGGGAUUCUCUGUCACGAGGCGAGAAGUUAACCCUGAAAUCAAACUCGGAUGAAAACUGGAACUUCAUCUCCACUAAUGGAGCAACUAAAACCUUUCCAGGAGUUUGUUUCCAGAUCCCACCGCCUGACCCCGAGGCCAUCGACAAGGUGGAUCUUUUGGGUGGUGAACUGGGAGACAUCAAGAAAAGAAGAGCUGCUCUGUCGGCGUCCCUGAAGAAUAACAAAGCAGAUGUUUCCAGGUCCCUACAAUCAGCUCCAGUGUCCUCUGCAACAGUGGACCCUGCAGCCAGAGCCCUGUCCCAACAGCUGGACAAGCUGGACAAUGACCUGACCAGCACUGAGCAGAACAUGCUGAGCCGCCUGCGAACUCCACUGAGCCACAGUGACCCAGCUGGAGACCUGGCCAAAAGACUGAGGGAGCAGGAGCAAGCUGCCAAUGCCCUGAAGACUCUGGCACAACAGAAGCAGGCAGCGCAGGCCGAGCUGCAGCCACUGCUGUCCAAAGAUGGUACUUCCUCUGCACUGCCUCUCCAAUUCAACGCUGCCAACAACAAGCACGAUAGCAUUGCUGCACUUGCUGACCUGUACACCAAGAAAGCACAAGCUUCUCUCAAUUUGGAGAGACAGCUUCAGAAGGUGGAUGGUCUUGUUUCUGGAUUUGAGAAGAACCUAAGUGAAGAUGGCCCAAUCCCUGAUCAGCCGAACGCAAUUCAAAACAGUAUCAAGGACAUUCAGUACCAGCGCAAGUCUGUGACAGCAGCUCAGGAUGACAUGAAGAAGCUGAGUCAGGAUCUGGAGACCACAGAGCAGCUGUGCAGCUCUCUGCAGCAGGGCUACCAAGAAUACUGCCCAGACAUCCAGCGCCAGAGAACACAAGCCAAGCAGCUGCAGACCCGCUACACAAACGUUGCCAACCAGCUGAAGGAGAGAGAAAACAUCUUACAAGAAGCUGCAACCAAGAACCUGGAGUUCCAGGCCACAUCCAAGUCUCUCAACUCCUUCCUGAACACCCUGCCGACAAACCAGAUAAACUACACCGAUGAUCUAUCCCAGGUCAUGGCAAAGCAGAGCUCCCAGGAGAGGGUAGUGGAGGACCUGAAGAGGAAGGGAGAUGACAUGGACAGACUCACUGACGUGUCUCUGGACCUGCAGAACCUACUCGAUGAGUAUGAUACAAAUGUUGAUAAAUACAACUGUACACUUGAGGAUUCUGGGGCCACUAUUGCAAAGAAACCAAGAGUGCUCACACUUUCUGAAGCUGUUCAAAGAGAGGAAAAGGAUCUGGUGAAUCUUUAUGCCAAAGCAACAGCUGAAAACACCCAACGCCAAAAACAGAUGGGCCUGGCCAAGAAUAUCAUUUCACAACAGAAUGAGGAGAAAGUUCAAAUGGUGGCUCAUCAGCAAGUUCAGCUUGAAAACCAGCAAAAGACUGCUUUUGAGGUCAACACUUUGGUGAAAGAGCUACAGGAAGAGAAGGACAGAACAAUUCAUGCUGAGACAAACCUAAGAACCUUUAAAGACAGGAUGUUAUCCCUGAAGAGUCGUAGAGGUGUAGAGCGCAUUGAGGAGAAAGAGGUCCUGCAAUACUAUCGCGACCCAAAACUGGAGAGCGAUUUGGUUGACCUGCAGAAAAAACUGCAUGAAGAGUCUCUGAGACGUAGCACCACCCAUACUGACGUUGAAGUGUUUAACAAGAAAAUCACCACUCUUGAAGACACUAUCAAAAACACUCCUCCCAAACUGGUGACCAAAGAGGUGACAGAGUUUGAGAGAGAUCCUCAGUUGGACAUCGAGGCCAGUAAACUGAGAGAUGAAUUAGCAAGGCUGAGAGAUGAACUACGAGUGCGAGAUGGGGAAGAGGUUCAGAUGAAGACAGAAAUUACUAUUCUCCAACAGAAGCAGCCACCGAUCAAACAGAGGGUGGUGAAGAAGGAAGUGUUGAGAGUAGAGCAGGACCCAGAGAUGGUAAAAGCAGUGCGAGUGUUUGAGGUGGAACUUUCUAAUGAGAAUAACAAGAUUAAGUCGCUCAAUGAUGACAUUUUCCAAACAAGGAGUCAGAUCAAUGCCCUCGAGCAAAUUAUUCCAAAUAUUCAGCCUAAGAUCAUCACUAAGGAAGUGCUACAGAUUGAACAAGACCCUGAGCUCAUCACAGAAUCAAAGACGAUUAGAACAGCCCUGGAGGAUGAGAGGGUUACCAACACCACUUUGUCCACAGAAUUAAUGGAACUCCACAGCCGCUACAGAGAAGUUCAAGACUGGAAACCAAAAGUCGAGGUCAAGGAAAUAGUUAAUGAAAUCUACAGGAUAGAUCCAAACACGGAAAAGGAGAUAAUGCGGCUGAGAAAAGAUAUACAAGAUACCAGUAAGCAGCGCUCUGAUCUGGAGAGAGAGCUCAUUGAGGUCACGACUGAUGUGAAUGUCCUUCGAUCUCAGAAACCUAAGGUGGAGCUUAAGGAGGUUCUCCAAGAGGUGGUUAAGGAGGAGAGGAGCCCUGAAAAUGAGAGAGAGAUUCGGAGGCUAAAUGAUCAGGUGAGCCUUUUACACACCUCUUACAACUCUCUCCAGGACCGGGUGAGACUUCUCAGGAAAGAGAGGGAUGAAUGGAAGGCUGAGAAGUCCAAGAUAGAAACCAGACUUGUCACCAGAGAACUCAUCAAGUAUGAACCUGAUCCACUGUUGGAGAAAGAAGCUGACCGCUUGAGAAGAGAUGUACGGGAUGAAGCACAGCUGAGGCGCACCACUGAGGAGAUGGUGUUUGAUCUGCAAAACAGAUACAUCCAGCUGGAGAGACAGAGACCUGAGGAGAAAGUGGUAGUGAAGGAGGUUCUACGUUUACAGAAGGACCCAAGGCAGAUUAUCGAUCAUGAUCGACUCAGCAGAAGUCUGGAUGAUGAAGUAAAGAGUCGGCGUCAGCUGGAAUUAGAGCUGCAGCAACUAAGAACAAUGGUAGAAGACAAAGAGAGGAUCCUCAGACAGAGUGAUGAGCGCCAAAAAAGGAUUCAUGCUGAAUCUGAACUCAGAGAGAUUCGUCUGCGCAUUACACAGCUGGAAAACGCUCCACCUCCUGUAGAGGAAAGUAUAAUUGUUGAAGAGGUGCUGAAGGUUGAGAGAGACCCAAAACUGGACAGGCUGACAAAUACUGUUCGAUCAGAUAUAGACAAUGAAACCAGAGACAUCCUGCGUUUCCAGAGAGACAUCCGGAACAUCAAUGUAAAGCUUGAGAUUCUGCAAAGGGAAAAGUCUGGAGAGAAAACGGUAUACAAAGAGAUAGUCCGUGUUGAGAAAGACCAGGCUGUUGAAAGUGAAAGGGAUCGCUUGAGGGAACAGGUGUCUCAGAAUAGAUUUGCCAGACAAGACGUGGAGGAUGAAAUCAGACGUAUUAAGGAUAAAAUUAACUUUCUAUCGAGCACCAAGUCGAGCACUUCAAGAGAAGAGAGUACCCUGAUUAUGAACAGAGAUGCCCUAGACCGGGAGAGGGACAACCUCACCAGGGAGCUCAGGACACUUGAGACCAAGAAACAUGACAUCAACCUGUCAUUCCAGCAGCAGAGCCGCUUGAUGAGUGAGAGAUCACAGAUGAGCAGAAAGAAGAGCAUUAAGAUGGAGUCUGAUGUACAGCGUCUGGAGAGGGAGAUCCUGGAUGAAAAAGACAAGAUUCAUCUUCGAGACAGCACCAUUCGAGAGCUUUUGCUGACACUGCAGAAUGACGAGCACACAGAGACAAGGACCAAAGAGACCAAUGUGUCCACCAAAAUCACCAUUUUGGAUCCAGAGACAGGCAAAGAUAUGUCUCCUUACGAUGCUUACCUGCAGGGUCUAAUUGACCGCAAACAGUACAUCCAUCUGCAGGAGCUGGAGUGUGACUGGGAGGAGACCACUUCCCAAGGACCUGAUGGGGAGACAUCAGUACUGCAGGAUCGCAAGAGUGGCAAGCAGUAUUCCAUUGACAGGGCCAUGAAGGAAGGGAGGCUGACAGAAUACGAUUUACAACAAUACAAACAAGGAAAAAUUCCUAUCUCGGAGUUUGCCUUGCUAGUUGCAGGUGACAAUAAAAAGCAGCUUGAUUUUAAUUCAGUCAUCCCAAAGUCCAUCACAACAGUGAAGUCAGCCCCUCUAGAGCUCUCCUCUGCGAAAGAAAUCUACCCAGUUGCUGGAGUCAUGGAUACAAAUACUGACACCUGCUUUACAAUUCGCAGUGCCACCCUGCGUAAACUGAUUGAUCCAACCACUGCCCAGAGGCUCCUGGAGGCUCAAGCCGCAACUGGUGGAAUCAUUGACAUCAACAGCAAAGAGAAAUACACAGUUCACAAGGCAGCAACCAGAGGCCUAAUUGAGGACAGCCAACUCCAGAGGCUACUCAAUGCCCAGAAGGCUUUCGCUGGCAUUGAGGACCCUGUUACCAGAGAGUGUUUGUCCCUUGGGGAGGCUGUUCAGAAGGGAUGGAUGCCGAAAGAUACUGCCAUUCGAUACAUGGAGGCUCAGCACCUGACUGGAGGGCUGGUCGAUCCCAACACUGGCCGCAGAUUGAACAUCAUGGAUGCCAUUGGGUCAAAAAUGAUCGACAGCACAAUGAUGAGGGAGUUGCAGGCCGAAACAACCUACAUUAAAGAUCUUGUAGACCCAAUCACCAAGGAGAAGAUCAACUACAAACAAGCUCUGGAUCGCUGUAAGACAGACCCAGCAUCAGGCUUACCAAUGCUGCCCGCCUCCUCCAAAGAUUCUCGUUACACUCCAGUGUACAAUUCUACGAGAUAUGCAAGAUUUUAGAUAUGUUUACAACGUACUUGGAAUUAUCUAGUCUCUGUUGUUUUGUGGUAAAAAUUAAUACUUGAUAUGGAAAAUACAUAUGAAUCUCUACAUUAAUUAUAAUGAACAUUUUGACUCAGGAAAUGUCUUCUCCUGCUUCUAUCUAGCUAAUGUGAUUGCUGCGGAGUUGCCUUUGUUUACCAAAUGUAUCUGACUUGGCCAAUGUUUUGAUCUAAUUUAAAAACCAAAUAUAAAUGCAGUUUAUCUUUGAUAUUAUUGUAUUAGGGAUUCUGGGACAUGGUGCAAUUCUAUUUUCCAAGAUUGAUUUAAUCCUGUAUUAUUCAUGGGCUAUUCUUGACUGUUCACUUUAUACUCAGUCUUGUUUGAUACUUUAUUAAGAAACAAAUAUCAAUAAAAAAUAAAUUAUAAUGGUUAAAGA